AUGGAUACAGCUACCAUCAGAACUCGUAAAUUUCUUUCUAACCGCCUUUUGAAAAGGAAACAAAUGGUAGUUGAUGUUAUUCAUCCCGGUUUAGCUAAUUUAUCAAAAGAUGACGUUCGAGGAAAAUUAGCCAAAUUAUAUAAAGUCGAGAAAGAAGUCAUAUUUGUUUUUGGAUUUCAUACAUAUUUUGGUGGAGGUAGAUCUACUGGUUUCGCAUUAAUAUAUGAUGAUCUAGAAACAGCUAAAAAGUUCGAACCCAAAUUUAGGCUUGUUAGGAAGACUGCUCGUAAACAACGCAAAGAACGAAAGAAUCGUGCCAAAAAAUUACGUGGUACCAAGAAGACAAAAGCCAGUACUACCGCCAAGAAAUAA